UCGACACGACCCUUACGCUGCCAAACACUCGAGUAGCGUGCUUGGCAACGCGCACAUGGACACGCACGAACGUGAUCGGUAAUACCACUCCAAUUCGAAAACUAUGUAAAACGAGUGCCUAAUUGCAAAUUGAAACUGAGACACUAUAUUCUUGCCAAACACACAGAGUUCCUAAAAAUAUUCAAAAAUACAAUUGCGAAUUGUCGAGCGCGUAUGUUCCUAUAAAUAAAUUAAAAAGCUAAAACAGCAAUAUGACAGCACUGGGAUUACUUUUGUUAUCAAUGAUGGGCCAAAGCCAGAACAUGUUGCCGAUAAACGAGCCAUCAGCAGCGGCGUCUGCCGUUCGCGACUCGGAGCUAUUGUCUCGCGAUGACUGGGGCGCUCGACCUCCCAAGGCAGUGGAGUACUUCAAGGGCCCCAUACCGUUUGUAAUUCUGCACCACUCCUAUAUACCGGCCGCUUGCUACACCAGCUCCGACUGCAAGAAGGCGAUGCGCCAAAUGCAAGACUUCCAUAUGCUCGAUCGCGGCUGGAACGACAUCGGCUAUAGUUUCGGGAUCGGCGGCGACGGCAUGAUCUAUGCAGGACGUGGCUUCAAUGUCGUUGGCGCCCACGCCCCGCACUACAAUGACAAGAGUGUCGGCAUUUGUCUCAUCGGUGACUGGCAAACUGAACUGCCGCCUCCCCAAAUGCUGCAGGCCGCCAAGGACCUUAUUGCUUUCGGUGUUGCCAAGGGUUACAUUGCCCCCAACUUUCAGCUGUUGGGGCACAGGCAAGUGCGCGACACCGAGUGCCCGGGCGGUCGUCUAUUUCAAGAAAUUUCCACUUGGCCGCACUUCACGCUGCUCAACACCACAACGGACACACAGCCACCGCACAAGCCAUAAGAAUGCCCACCAACUACACAUAUAAACCCAUAUUAAUUUAAAUGCGUACUUAAUUAAGCCGCUUGCUUAACUAAAACACAUCCACAUCAUAACUGCAUUUCACAUAAAUGAUUGAAUGUGGUUUAAGAAGCUGAGCAACAACCUUCUAACUAUGCGUCUACAUAUUGUAGGCCCAUAUACUAUAUACUAUAGACACAGCUCUAAGUUUAAAAGCGUAAGCCGAUAUGCUAUAAUUCAUAUAGUUUAACAAGCAAAUACAUUUCUAGUUAAAUAGAAAACUUCUUCACUUAAACAUGUUAACAAGAAACUAUCCUAGUACAAACUAUAAGUACAUAUACUCAAAAGUGCAUAAUACGAUAACAGCAGAGCCGUAAGUUCAAAAUUGAAAGUCUUAAGAAAUCAAUACUAUACAAAUGCAAAUCAUUUGUCACUCAAGAAAACACAAUAAAAUUUUGCUUUCCUUC